AGGUGCCCAAGCUGGCAGCCCUAUGCCUAUCCGCCCUCCCUCGGGGCAGGUAGAUGGACAGAAUAGAAUGACCCAAUCCCCUAUGGCUACACAAGGUAUGGACACAGGUAGCACAUUUCUGUUUUAACUUUAUUUUAAUCAACAAUUGAUACAUAUUUAAGUUUUAUUUGGUGAUCAGGCACAUAGCAAGCAGGAUCCAAUAAAAUAAAACAUUUAUUAUAUGACGUUGGGUCCCUACUUAAAACUUGAGUCACAUAGGGUGCAUGAUCCAAUAAAAUAAAACAUCAUUUAUUGUAUGACGUUGGGGUAGCUACUUAAAACUUCAUUCACAUAGCACACAGGAUCCAAUAAAAUAAAAGAUCAUUUAUUUUAUGGCUUUUGGGUAGCUACUUUGAACUUGAUUCAUCUAUUUGUAAUAUUAAAGGUUUGAUUAGAACAUCUUUUAAUUUUAGGUGAUAAUACUUUUGUUUAAGAGUGUGUAGUGUAAGUAUUGUUUUUGAAAAGUAAAAACUGAGUUUAUUUAUUUAAAAAAAUGCUGCUCUAUAGGAGCUAAAUGCAAUUAUCUAAAAGGAUAUUUAUUUACCAUUUUAGGCAGCCUAAAAUAUAGUAAGAUUAAUUUCCACAUACUUAUGCAAUUUUAUCAUUAAAUAAAUAUUUUUGACCAUAUCUUAACCUUUUGGAUUUUCUUUUUCAACAGGCUAUAACCAACAAAUGAUGCCCCCACCCAACAGUAUGGGCUAUAUGCCCAGUACUGGGAAAGUGGGAAGCGGUCAAAUGCCCGGCCAUUUUCAACCUUAUAACUCACAGUAUCCCCAAGGUAUUUUAAGAUACUUAUGAUUAAUUUGUUUUAAUUCAAAACUUUUUGAAAGAAUUGUAUUGCUAUUGAUUAUUAACAAUGAAAAUUAAAAGUCACAUUUCAAUAUACUGUUAUCAAAAACUUAAUUAAUUGAAAUUUCUUUCAUUUAAGGCAACUACAGUCGUCAACAGCCUGGAAUGGGAGGUAUGGGUGGGCCACCCAUGUCAGGACCCAUGCAGAACUAUCCAGGACCUCAACAAAAUAUGUAUCCUAAUGGACCUGGUCAGAUGCCAGGAGGACCUAUGUAUGGUAACAUGCCAGGUAUGAACAGAAAUAUGGGCCAGCAAGGAUAUGGUCCAUAUUCUCAAGGUAAUAAUAAUAUGGGUGCUAUGAUGAAUAACCAGUAUCCAGGCUACAUGGGUCCCAUGCCUGGUCAGCAUGGGAUACCACCUCAAACUGGACCAGUACCGAUGCCACCAGGAUCAACGUCUGGCCCUAUGACUUCCAAUUUAAGUGGUCAACCAGGAAGCAUGAUGUCACAGCACAGUAACUCAUCGAACAAAGCAGCCCAAGCAGCCCAGGCAGCUAUGAUGGCAGCUGCUAACACAGUAGGGCCCCGAAUGUCUCACAAUCGAGGUUCAAUGAGUCCCUCUAGAGGAAUGUUUGGACAAUCUGGUGGCCCUUUGGCUCAAAUGAACAAUAUGACCAACUCACCAAACUUUGGCAAUCCCAGUUUAAACAGUAUGUCCAAUGCUGUCGAACACUUGGCACGGAGCAGCUCGGGAGGGAUGCCCCCGUCUGCUAUGGGAGGUUCAUCCACAACAAUUUCUUCCCCAGUGCCUAAGUCGGCUCACAGCCCAGCAGCUAUGACCAACAACACAUCCUCCAGUAUUGCUCAUGGUGGUGAUCAUAACCAAACAUCACCAUUGUCCAACACAGACACUCAUGAAUCAUCUUCACGGCCAAACUCCACAACGGCCCAUCACCCCGACCUCCCCAAUAAUGAGUCGACCACAGGCUCUGAAAGCUCAGGUGGCAUGCCUAGUGAUUCAACCUCUGUUGACAGUGGUUUCCAUUCCUCUGAUCAGGGUGAUAAAACAUCUGACUCUGUAAGCACUCCUACAUUAUCCGGGACUUCACCUCCACCAUCUGGUACCCACCAGAAUGGGGACUCGUGUAGGACAAUAGAAAAUAUUAGCCCUCCAGGGCACCCUGCUAGUCAUCAUUCUCAUCACCAACACAUGCAACACCAACCUCAUCAUAUGGGUCAAGAGUCCAAGAUGCCUUACAGUGAGAGUGGAAUUCCAUUACCUCCGCCCUCAAUGUCAUCUGCCAUGUCAUCAAUGCCUUCAUCCAGCAGCAAUGUUGUCACUACAGCCAGUACAGGUAGGAAUCAAUUUAUUUUGGUUAAAACAGUUAUCAAUUUUUUCAAAGUUAAUAAACACAAAAGCGUUAUGACCUUUCGUUAUGAGGAUUUUCAAAAUAUUUAACUAGUAGGUAAAAAUUAAAUACUUGCAUUUAAUAAUAAAAGAGGCAGGGUCAGGAUGGAUUGCAUUUGAGCGAUAAAGUGAAGAUUAGCCACUAAAGGAUUGACUGUUUUAAUUUCAGAAAAUUCCUAUUUUUCCUCAUAGCUACACCGACUUGUUUAUGUCUAGUAGCAUUUUGUAUCAGUUACAUUACCUUUUGUCUUAAAACUAUCCAUAAAAAGAUCUUGGUUUAUUUUGCUAUGGUAAUAAAGUAUUAUUUCUUUUGCAUAAGCCACUGACUAUACAUUCAAUUUGUAAAUGAUGCAAAUCUAUACAAGAUGCCUUUCUAAUGAUUUAUUCACCUCGUUAAUCCUUUUUAUCAUUUUAAAAUGUUAAAACACUUCCUGUUAAUUUUUAGGACAUCUGAUUUUAAAUACAUUUAGUUGUUUAGGGCAAGAUAGAUUCAAUUUUAAUUUAUUUUCCAUCAUUUCAGGCCCCAUAUUAACAUCAGUCACCCAAAGUAUAGUAUCACCAGUAACAAGUAUUUCCACGUCUAUUCCUCAUCACCAUCCUCAUGCCCAUCUUAUGGGCCCUCAUGGAGGACCUCCACACAUGAUGGGGCAUGGUAUGGCUCCUGGUCCACAUGGAAUGAUGCCAAACGGUAUGGCACCCAACAAUAUGAUGAAUCCAGGUCACAUGGGAGGUCCUAAUCAAAUGCCACCAAACAUGGGACCUCAUCAUAUGAUGCCGUCAAACAUGGGUGGGCCAAAUAUGAAUAUGAAUCAGAAUGGCCCCAUGAUGGGGCCAAAUGGACCAAUAAUGAGCCAUAAUGGUCCGAUGAUGUCAGGACAUCCUGGGAUGAACAACAGUGGAAACAUGCCACCCAUGGGUCAGAUGCCUCCACACCCACAGAUGAACUGUAUGCCGCCAAUGAGUAAUAACAACAACAACAUAAAUGCAGGCACAAACACACCUUCUGAAGAUCCUCCAGAGAAGAAGAAGAAAGUAAAGGUAAAUCCAUUGUUCAGUAAUUUUUUUAACAAUCCUUUCCUACUUACAGUCCCAAGCCCUGUAGUGCUCCCACAGAGUUGUCUGGUGCUUUGUUCACAUUUGAAGCAAAGAGGUGAAACUUGUUACACAAAUUUCAAUUGUGUUUUUAAAGAUUCUUUUAGAUUAAUAAUUGAAAAUUUAAGUAUACAAGCAGUAAACACGUUUUCUUACUAAUAUGUUACCUUUGCUCUGCUAUCUCUUCAUACUUGGUGCAAAUUUAGUUGAAAAAAGAAAAGACAUAAAUUUUUAUUUCUAAGUAAAAAUUAUAAAACACAAACAAAUCAGGACAACAUGAAGCUAAUCGACCAUUAUUAAAAUAAAAAAAAUUGUUUGCUCUCCCUAGUAAACAGAUUUUUCUAUUUUUAAAAACAACUUAUUAUUUUUUUUAUUUUUAUUACUCUUCUUUUAAGCAUGCCAUGACCAAUACAGCUAGAGCCAUCAUGAUAGGAUGUUUUUCUUGUCACUAUCAAAUCAUUGCCCAUGUUGUCAUGUUGCAUCAUCACUUUAUUCAUUAAUUUUUUUGUGGAGGUACACUAUCAAUUUUAGUAAGUGUGAAUGAAUUUUGUCAUGUACAUGUACAUCUGGAUGUGGUAGUGCUAGGAUAAGAAAAGGUCUAUCCGUAAAACAGAUCUGAACAUAUUUUGCGGUAAUAUUAACCAGGGGUCUCCAAACAUUUUUCACGGCGGGCCGGAUAAUGGAAAAAAUGACGAGCCCGGGCCGGAUAAUCAUUCUGUACAAUGCUUCCAAGCCAGAACGAAAGCUCUGGGGAAAAAAGGCAAAAAACUAAGUUAAGUAUUCCAUGUUAAUCAUGGGUGAAUGGUGUGCAAUGUACAAAAAAAAAAGACAACCAACAUAUUUAUUAUCUUAAAAAGUUAUCAAAGAAGGUGACGUCAGCAAAGAGAUAGCUACAUCAGACGAAGUGUGCACAUAAUCGAGUAUCACAAACUAAACAGCCAUUUUGCGGUAAUAUUAACCAGGGGUCGCCAAACAUUUUUCACGGCGGGCCGAAUAAUGGAAAAAAUGACGAGCCCGGGCCGGAUAAUCAUUCUGUACAAUACUUCCAAGCCAGAACGAAAGCUCUGGGGAAAAAAGGCAAAAAACUAAGUUAAGUAUUCCAUGUUAAUCAUGGGUGAAUGGUGUGCAAUGUACAAAAAAAAAAAAAAGACAACCAACAUAUUUAUUAUCUUAAAAAGUUAUCAAAGAAGGUGACGUCAGCAAAGAGAUAGCUACAUCAGACGAAGUGUGCACAUAAUCGAGUAUCACAAACUAAACAGCCAAAAAGUUAGUGAGAUGUAUGAAACUGGCGUUUGGCUUUCAAGAUUUCAUCAAUGUUUGGUUUCGAAUUGCUGCAUCCAAUCAAGAGAAUUGUUUUCAAAUGUUUAUUAAUCACUCUCGUUCGAUGCGUUGACUUUACAUGCUUUAUUUUUGAAAAUGUUUGCUCACAGACAUAAGUUGUUCCAAACACUGAUGCCAUACCAGCGGCAAAGUUCUUCAGUUUCAGAAACUCAACAUCAGGUUAGCAGCGGUCAAAUUCAACAAGUUUUCCUUCUCUGUGGGUAAAUUUAUACAUUUUAUCAAGCAAAUUCAAGUACUGUCUUUGGACCGGAUGAACUGGCCUAGCGGGCCAGGCGGCCCGUGGGCCAUAGUUUGGAGACCCCUGAUAUAAACUAUAAUCAAAUGUUAAAUUGUUUAAAGCUUACUUCUUCUCACUAUCACCAAGUAAAAUACAAAUGUUUCUGUAUAUCAUAAACCAAUGCUUUCAGCUGCUUUACAUGUUGCAGAGUGGAAACAUGCACAUCCAUAGAUGUUUAAAGGACUGUUAAACAUAACCAUCAUUCAUUAAAAUUGGUUACAUGCUUUUGAUGACACCAACCUCUUACGAUUGACAUCCCAGUCCAGAUCCUUUUUACCAAUUUUUGCUCAGUCAACAUUUGUAAAUGUAACUUAUUUUUUACAAUAAAAUAAUCAGUGGAAUGAAGGGUAUCUCUAAAUCUAAUCACUGUAAGUUCCUAAUGUUGUCACACCCAUCACCUUUUCACAAACCUAACUCUCUUUCCUCCUCUAUUUUUCUUGUUUUUGGCCGACUUUGUAGGAGUUGGAGGGCCAGCCUCGCGCCGGCUCUGCCGGGCCACACUACACAGAGGAACCCAACAGUCCUGGGGCCCUUGUAAGUGGCCGCACGGAAAUUAACUUGCUCAAAACAUGAAAAUACCUAGUUUUGAUUUUUGGGAACGCUCGUGUUACCACUUUACUGUUAUUAUUUUUUUUUUUGUAUUUGUUAAUUUUGUUCUUCCCUUUGUCGUGGGUGAUAGCGACAUUUAUAAUUUUUGUAAUUAUCAAAAUUGACCCUCCACUGCCAUAUUUACCUUUCCCAUUUCCCCGCAGAAGCAGCAGCAGCUGAAACAUAGCAGUGUUGUGUCAUUUUAUGUUACUACCAUGCCUCGGCCACUCUGCUACUUACGCUUCUUCCUAGAGGCACCAAAUUAUGCUCAUAUAAAUGUCAUUGAAGGGCUGCAGAGAGCAGAAUUUGAAAUUGAUUAAAGGGAUUCGUUGAGAAACAUACAAUCAAAAGUUGAUCUAUCACAGAUUUGAUGCAGCAUCACUCUUAGUACUUCAUAUCAUUUGGUGCCUCUAUCAUUUGUGUUUGAAUCUUGUUUCAUGGAGAAGGUGUCAAUUAAUGAAAAUGUCUUGCUAUCUCCUUAUAAUUUGUUGUUAAGUUUUCAUGCACAGUAUGUAUUACUUGUAUGUGGUGAACAGGCAUUAUUUUCUAACAGUUCAUACAAAAAAUAGCCAGUUUCGGUUGUGUUGUAUCCUUCUUGGAAGAACUUGUAGGCCACCACAAGAGUAGAUACUUUUAUUUCUCAUAUGCAGAUGGCUGGUGCAGCUCACAAAUUAAUAAUCUUUCCUUUGGAUUGCGUGCAUAAGUCCUUCCUAAAAAAUUUUUUUGUCUCGAGCAGCAACUAAUCCUUUAUUCACUCUCAUGCUUUUCCCAUCUAUACCUUCUGAUGUAAUCUGUGGUGGUAAAACUUAUAUUUAAUCCCAUUGGCAGAAUUUAUAUGAAAAUCUUAAGCAUUAAAUUAAGUGAAGAUUCUUCAUUUAGAUAUCAACUUUAUAGAGCAAGUAGAUCACCAAACACCUUCACAAUUGAGAAAAUAAUGAAUUAGUAGCGUGUUUUCUUACUACCUACCUUGCUGCUUCUUUAAAGAUAGUGAAUAUAAGUGUUUAAGAAAUGUAAUUUUUUUAGUCCUUGGAUAUUCUCAAUUGAUUUAAGUUCUGUUAUGUUCUUUUAGAUAUAUUUUUCUGCUUCGCCCCUUUUCUUAUUUCUACAUUUUAAAAAUGUAAAAAAAUUUAUGAAUGUUCUAUCAUCGCAUGGCAAUUUAUAAAAAAAUAUUUUUUGCUCCUUGUUAAGUGCCUGAACUUUUUUUAAAUGUUUUUUUUAUUUAUAUUUAUUUUUUUAAAAGUUUUUUGUUUUUGUUUGCUUUUAUUGAAAAUAAUUUUCUUAAUAAAAAUGUAAUUAAUUUAUGUUACAUUGUUUAUUAAAAAAUUUAUAAUUUAAAUGAUAUCAGGUAUUUAUCAAUAUUAAAAAAAAAAAAAAAAAAAAAAUUAAGCCUCAUUGCUCACAAGCACCAACUUCAAUAACCAUCUCAGUUGACUAAUAAAAAAAAAAAAAAAAAAAAAAAAAUUAAGCCUCAUUGCUCACAAGCACCAACUUCAAUAACCAUCUCAGUUGACUCAGUUGUUUAUAGAGGUUUUUAAAAAAAAACAGUUUUAUUUACUCAAUUUCAUUAUUUUUUAAAAAAGGCCUCAAUAGAGUAAUUAGGACUAUAUUUUAAGUAUCCCCUAAAAAAAAAUGCAUGGAUCAAAGAAAAUGUUAACUAAUAUAUAAUUAAAAAUGUAAGGGGGGAAAGUCUUUAAAUUUCUACAUAUAGAAAAGAAACUAUGCUUUCUCCAUUUUGCAAAAGAUACACGAUGCUUCACCAUUUCUGACGUACCGGUACUUAAUUCUGCUAAAUUUUAUUUAAUGAUCAGAAGCAUGCCGAUUUAUUUAAACAAUAUUCAUAUGUUGUGCUAUGACAGUUCUAAUUUGACAUGCUUUUUCAGGCUUCCUUGUUUAUUACUGUACUACUGGUUUUUAAUGUAGUGUUAGGUUCAAUAUUGAUGCAGAAUUACUUAGAAGCCAGUCUGCUGACCCUGCUUUAGUGUUCCCCAGCAUUAUGUAUCCAUCUUCUACAAAUCUUUUUUCUCUGGAGCAUUUAUUUGUCAUGUAUACUUAGGAAAACAAAAAUGAUGAUAAAAAUCAUUUUCUACCCCCUUGAUUUGUGUUUAAGGCAUUUUUGUAACUAUUGUCAGAGUUUUGAAGAAAUAUAGAUUGAAGAAUGUUGUUAAUGUAUGAAGUGCAUGAAAUAAUCUUUUACUGAAAAUAGUCUUAAUUUAAUGGCAUUAUUCACUACUGAUCAGUUUUAAUUUUUGAGAGCUGUCUUCACAGAAUUUUUGGGAACUUUUGAAACUAUUUUUACUCACAAGAUAAAUUCAAAAUCUACCAUUUACAUAUGUAUGCAAAUUUAACUGAAUACAACCUAUAAUAUUAAGUGCAAAAGAAAGACAUUAGUAUUAUUAAAUCACUUAUGAAAUAUUAUAGAGUAAAUUUACCACAAUGAAUUGCAAACAAUUUGAAACCAUUUUUUAAAAUCAAUUCCAUUGUAAAAAAUUAUGUUCCUAAAUGGUUGUUUUUGUAUUAAUGACCUAACCUUUUUACCCACAACAGAAAUCUUCCUCUGACCUAUCAAAACUGUAUGAAAUGGGACCAGAGCCUGACCGUCGACCUUUUCUGGAGCGGGUGCUCAACUUUUUAGAAGAAACUGGUCAACCAGUGACAACCCUGCCAGUUAUCAGCAAGACACCACUGGAUCUUUACAAGCUAUAUCUAUGUGUUAGAGAAAAAGGUGGCUUUGAAGAGGUAUGCAAGUUAACUUUUUGUUCUGUUAUCCAAGUCCUUCAUGGACAAUGUGAAUAGAUAAUUUAAACAAAUUAAAAUUUCCAUAUACUAUUUUUAAUGUUCAUGUUCUUUUUUAAAGAAGCUGUCCAAAAAAAUUAUAAAGAUUAUUCGAGCAAAAAGUAAAUAUAUGUUAUAUAAUUCAUAUAAUAAAUUUUAGGGAAUAUUAAAAUUUUCUAAAGAGAGAACUCUAGUGAAAACUGUCUUCUUACUUAUUUGCUCCAGGUAACAAGAAGCAAAAAGUGGAGAGAUAUCUGCACAGUAGUAAAUAUUGGAACAUCUGCCAGUGCUGCUUUUACUUUAAAAAAGAACUACAUUAGAUACUUGUUCAACUAUGAAUGCAAGUAUGAUAGAGGUGGCAUUAAUCCAGCACCAAUCUUGGCCCAGAUGGAAGCUCAGUUGGCUCAUAAAAGAGAGCAGAAAAAUAAACGAGCCCCGUCACCAGGUUUGUGGUUUUGUAUAUUUUUAACUGUGACGGUACAAAAAAUAUAUAAGGGGAAAUAUUCUGUUGUUUCAUAAGUAAAUAUGAAUUAAAACUUGUGAAAAAAUUGCAUUUUAAUUAAGUUUGUUUGAAAUAAAUAUUAUAUUUUAGUAAUGGAUCUACAUUAUCACCUUAAGUUCUGAAAUGUUAUUUUAUUUUAGAUGUUUUAGAUCCUUUGGGGAAAAUCAAAAUAUACAGUUUUUUCUAUAAAAUUUUAAUGUGCUAGUUUCAUGAUUGGCAAUGUAAUGCAAAUUCGUGUGUAAUUUGCUUUACUAAUAAUUUUAACCCAUCUUAUGUCGUCAGCAGGCUCAAACUCAAAUGAUGCAUUCCGCCCACCUAGUGUCCCCAACAAUCAAAUGGAUUCUUCAUACCCACCUAAUAUGCCUCCUCCUUACAUGCAAAAUCCAGAUGGUACUAUGCCCAAUCCCCAUAUGAGUGGACCUAAUAUGAUGAUGGGCCCCAACUCAAUGAUGGGUGGUCCUGGUCCACAUGGUGGGAUGGGUAAUAUGAUGGGUGGUCCACCAAUGGGUCCUUCUGGCAUGAUGGGAGGUCCUGGAUCAAAUAUGAUGCACGGGCAACAAGGAAUGAUGCCACCAAACUCCAGUGUUGGCAAUAUGAUGGGUGGUCCCCAGAUGAUGCCCGGUGGCCCACCUGGUUAUGGAGGUCCAAUGAUGCAGCAACAACCUGGUGGACCAUUGCCUCCAACCAGCAAUACAGGUGGGACACCCCUUGCACCCCACAGUGGUGUAUCAGGUCCAAUGCCUGUUACCUCUGACAGCAUAAGUGUGCAGGAUCCCUUUGCCGAUGAUUCCAUCUACCUGCAGCGUGGAAUGCCUCCUCAAGUGACACCACCGCCACAAUCUCAACCCACAUCAACUCCCAUGUCCACCUCACAUCCGGGCAUGCAGCAGAGCAGUAUAGGAAGUAUGACAAUGACCAGUGCGUCUGGUCGUCCAGUCUCAUCUUCCACUGGUUAUGGUGGUGCUGAACAGCCUAUUGGUGUCGGGUAUCCUUCAAAUUCUAACCAGCCAAACAUGCCUCCCACUUCAAGUGGUGGUCAGUUUCCAUUCGGACAAUCAUUUGAACGCCCAGACAGGUAAUUUGAAAUAAAAUAUAAACAUUAAUAGAAAGAGAACCAACCUUUGCAUUUAUAUUAGAUUAAAUUUGCAUUGGCUUAAAGUUCAGGGUUAAUUUUUAAAUUACUUCAUUAGCAGGAGAGUGCUAGUAGGAAUUUCAUAUAUGAAUUCUUCCUUCUUCAUUAAUGUUUAGGAAGAAUGGUUCAUUAAUACAAGCUGUUGGCUUUAAAUCUCAUUUACCAAUCCAUUCAAAUAUAUUGCUAUUUGAAGUUGUUUUCCUUAUGUUUAAAGCUAUAUUUGUCAUACAAUAAAAAAAAAAGUAUUCCUGCAUUGUUAAAUUGUAGAUAAUAUAAAACCUGCGCCCUUACCGCUUUCAGGUUUGACCAGUCUAGCCCAAAUAUGCAGAGGCCUCCAGGACCAACGUCUGGUAUGGCCCCAUCUCAGCAGGCACCUCCGCAACCUGGUGAAAAUGCUCCUAUGUACCCAGGCCCACGUUUUCCAGGUCCAACUCAAGCCCUUGGCAUGAGGCCUCCCCAAGUUGGCGAUGCUUCAGUCCAGUAUCCACCUCAAGGUCCCCCAUAUCAUCAGGGGCAGCCAGGUUACCCAGGUCCCCAAUAUCCAAGCUAUCCUCAACCUCAGACUCCAGGUGGCCCUUAUACAGGUCCCAGACCACCAGCAGGCCCAGGUGGCAUGUAUGGGACUCCAAGCAAACGUUUUCCAGAGGAUGCAGGUAACUUUCAAAAUACAAAUAUACAUUUAAUUAUCUCUUCUUUCUACUGGGCUAGUAAAAACACAAUGUCAUAUAUUAAGUCUAGCCAGCUUGAAGUAAUUAGAUGAUUGUUGGAUCUGGGUUAAUAUUUGUGAGUAAACCAUAAACAGACUUAAUAGCUAGGUAUCUUUACAAUUCUGAAAGUGCUGUUCUGCCAUUUAGACCAUGUAUGUUCUUCUAUAUAUUUCUAUAACCCCCUUCCUCUUUACCUUCACCACACUUUCUAAGCUUUCCUUCAUAGUGUUGGUUCUUCUCUUAACAGCUCCAAAUCAAUACUCUGAUUGGUCUAACCAAAAUAUGGUUAAUCACAUGCCCUAUGCAUCAGGCCCCUCGGAGAGGCAAGCGCCUUCACCAGAUGGUAUGACAUUUUUGCUGUAUAGCUGCCAUAUGAAUCUGUUUACUUAUCUUGUUUCAUCUCACUUUUUUUUUUUUUUUUUUUAAAUCCUAUCUUUGACACAGUACCAAUGGUGCUUUUAGGCAUUAUUUUUUUUUUUUUUUUUUUUUUUUUUUUUUUUUUUUUUUUUUUUUUUAUUUUUUUUUUUUUACCCAUUUUUUUUUUUUUUUUUUUUAAAUCCUAUCUUUGACACAGUACCAAUGGUGCUUUUAGGCAUUAAUGAUACUUUCCCUAUUAAUAAAAAAAUUAAAACCAACAUCCAUUUGAACUAUUUUUACAUAGCAAUAGAUUUAAACUACAGUGGUACCUUGGUAUACGUGCUUAAUCCGUUCCAGAUCCUUGGACUUAAACCAAACAGGACUUAUACCCAACAUAUUUUUCCUAUAAGUAAUAAAGGGAAAAUGAAUAAUCGGUUCCCAUGAAAAAAAAUCAUAUUGUUAUUGGCAUAAUAUACAUUUAUUGUUGUGGUUGUAUAAAUAAAACACUGCUUAAUACUAAAAUGCAGAAAUAAAAAGAACUUAAGUGAAAUAAAUGAAAAUUUAACCUCACUUUACCUUUUGUGAGUAGAGUCAAAUGCUUACUAAUGUGGUGCUGAGGAGGAGGAGAUGUUAUUGUUUUGAAGGAGAGUCCGCUUUCAAUAAAACUUCAGGAAUAUGACAUUCUGUUGUUUUUUCUUUUUUCUGUCUCUUUUCCCUAGUUGACCCUGGCUGAGGCUCACCAGGUUUGACUUUUAUUAAAAAUCUGUCUAAAGAGCUUUGUUUUUGCCUUCUCCUUAGGAUGUUUCGAAAAUGUGACAUUGUCUGGUCAUUCUAGACAAUGCUAUUACGACUUGUUAGGGCUUUGUUGGGGUGGUACUUCUCUGCAAAGUUUUUACAUCCAUCCAUUUAGCAAAGAUUUCCUUGAUUAAUGAAGUAGGAGCUUCCUUUAUCUCCUCCUCCUCAGAGCCUGAAGAGAGUGCAUCCAUCCUAGUCUUUGUGUGAUGUGUCAUUUUGACACCUACAAGUUCUAGCACACAUGCGGGUCGUAUUCCAAAUGAAGGUCUUAUACCAAGCUAAAUGUUUCUCGUCCAAACAGGACGUAUACCAAGUUAGACUUAUUCCAAAGCGGACAUAUACCGAGGUACCACUGAAUAUCAAUGAUUAUAUCUCCAUUAAUAAAUAUAUGCUUAUUUUAAAAUCUUUCUUGAUUGCGUUCUUAUUUUAAAAAAUCAAGCCACAUUUAAGAUUAUUGUGCCUGCUACAAAAUUGCCAUUGGUACUGAAUGGAAACUCAUUGGGUGAAAAGCCCUGGUGCUGUUAAGUGUUUAAAAGGGCAUACAAUGUUAUUAAACAUAGAAACAAAAGGAUGGGUAAACAUUAACCAUCCUUUUUCAGCUGAUGGUGCUCUUUAGUGGAAAAAAACAAACUUGAUUUCUUGGAGAAUAAACUUUUCUUAACCAUGAGGAAUAUCUUCAAAGAAUAUUUCAAAUGUUUACGUCUCAUUUUGCAUUUCUACAUAUACUUUUUUAUGCUUUUGUUAAAAAUUGAUGAAUUAAAUAUAAUUCAAGUAAUAUUUUAUUUUUGUAAAAAAAAUUAAUAGAUCGAAUGCGUGAUGGUCAAUGGUCACCAAUACAAAGGUCACGUAUGCCACAGACAGGUCCAGGCUAUCUGCCACCGGCUCCACCUUCUACUCCACCUAUGGGACCCUAUGGUCGUCAAAUGGGACAUAGAAAUUCCCCGCAAAGUCGUGAUGGACCACGUUUUGGGGGACCCCAGAAAAUGCCAGUAAGAGUAUCCAAUUUUUAAAAAAAAUGCCUUCAAAUUAUUUAAGCACAUAUGACUUUUUAAACAGUAAACAAUUAAAUUAGAAAUACAGAAAUAUCUGUGGAGUAGAAACCUGACCCAGGGAAGUGGUGUUCCUUAUCUAUUGUCUCAAACACUAGUUGGCACAUGAGGACUGAAUGAAUGAAAGAUUUACUGUACAUAAAAAAUAGGAUUAAAAGAGUGACAUUUGAAACAUGUUUUCUGUUUUUUCUUUUACCAGCCGGCAUAUGCUGGAAUGACUUCUGGACCCGUAAUCAAGAAAGAACUAAUUUUUCCAAGUGAUUGCGUUGAGGGAAUUAAUAUCUCAACAACUAAAAGGAAGAAGCUCACUCACAAAGAUAUAGGUACAUAUAUAAUGUUAAACUUGUUACUUGCAGAGGUACAUAGUAAUCCUUGAUCUUGUAUAAUUUUUUAUCUCUAUAUUAGGUAAAUGUCAGUUGUAAUUUUUAAAUCUUAAAAUAUCUGUUCAAAUCUAAUUUUAGUGUUAUGUAGAAAUAGUUUUCACAUUUGCUUCAUUGCUAUUUCAAAGAAAAUAUUUUAAUGAACUGGUAUUAUCAGAGCUGCGUAUAAGAACUAAUAAGAAAGAAUAUUCCAAUUAAAAGUGAUGAAGCUUGAUGAUUGUUGACCAACAAUGUUUUGGAAAUUUUAGUGUGCCAUCCCUUGGAUUUUUAUUUCUCUGUCAUAAUUAUGGACAACUGUACUUUUAUAACUUAUUAAAAUACAAAACCUAUCUAUUCCAGCCCCCUUUGAGGCAUGGCGACUGAUGCUGGCGCUAAAAUCUGGACUCCUUGCAGAGAGCACAUGGGCACUAGACACCCUCAACAUUCUUCUCUAUGAUGAUACCACAUAUGGCUACUUUAGCAUGAGUACACUGCCAGGUCUUCUGGAGGUACUUACUGAACACUUAAGGCAUUGUCUCAUGCAAAUGUUUGAGGAGUUUGAAGACCUGGAGGAGGGACAGUCUAGGAAGCAUCGACUUCACCAAGGAAGGCAGCGGUCCAAAUUGUCUCCUGUAAAACUUGAACCUGAGGAGGAUAAGCCAAAGGCUGAAGAUGAUAAUGGCCUGGAUGAUUUGAAAGUAUUUCGUCUGUCUGGCCCCAAUUAUACAAUGGUUUCACGCAAAGGCCUGCCUGUGAAAAUUGAUGCUGAUCCUGUAGACAGCACAGUGCUGGAGACCAAAGACUGGGAUAUUUAUUCACAGUUCACCACCAAAGCAGAUCACUGGUCAACAGGCUGUGGAGACAUCACUGACCAUAUCCUGACACAUCUAGAGAGUGAGAAGUCGAAUAAAUUUCUUUCAGGGAAGUUUAGAAGAAAAAGGACAAGAAGUUCUAGUGAGGAGGAUAGAGACAAUGAUAUAAAUUAUUCAGAUCAGAAGAAGAUUAAAAAUUUUAAAGAUGAAUUUAACUCAAUAGAAGUCAGUGUUACUGUGUGUGAUACUAAAGAGCAGCAUAAAACAGCAGAGGACACUUUGAUCUCGGGAAAUAAUCAUUCCAGUUUGUGCAAUGGUGAAAGCAAUUGUGUUGGAAAUAAGGCUGCCGAAGCCGACAAAGUGGAAAUAAAAAUUGAGCCUGUUGAAAAAACUGAGCCCUUGGACUGUAAUGAGGAAGAAUCAAAAUCUGAUACAGACAAAGGUGGCAAAAAUGCUGAAGAAGUGAUCACAUCUGGUGAACAUAAAGAAUUGGCAGAAGAUGUACCAAAAAACACAAGCUCACCACACAAUUCAGAUGAUCUUAAAAAUCCAGGGUCCUCUAAUCCUGAAAAAUCUGAAGAUAAAGAAAAUGACAACAGCAAUAGCUCCCCGCCUGUGCUAACAGCAGAACGUUUAGAUGGAGAGGAAGACCUGGCUGUAGAGGGCAACAUGGAGCCCAUGAACAGCACCAUGAACACUAGUUUUUCUGGGGUCAGCAUGGAAGUUGAUACUAGCGCAGUCAUGGACACAAGUGAGGUUGUUGAACAGCAGGAGGAGAAGUGCGGGGACAAGAAAAUUAAUGAAUCAAAUGUCAAGAAUGAAAGAAUUGAUAAUGAACACAAAGUUAUUGCAGCAGACCUCACACAUGUUCACAGUGAGAGCUAUGUCUCUGAAACGGAGGAGUUAUCAGCCAGUAUUGUUGCUGAAAUGCUGAAAGAGGAUGAACAUAUAGAGGAUGAGGCAUUCCAAAGAGAUGAUCCUCCAUUAUGUGUGACACCAGAAAGCCGAGAUGAGUUGGGCAGACGCUGUGUGUGUAUAUCUAACAUCAUUCGUUCUCUUUCUUGUGUACCUGGCAAUGAAGCUCGUAUCUGCAAACAUCCUGGCAUCAUGAGAGUACUGGGCCGCUUGUUGCUGUUGCAUCACAGUCACCCACAGAGACCCCCACCAAGAAAACUGCCCAGUGGUGAGGAUGAAGAAGAGGAAAGGGAAGAACCACCUCGGGUGUACGAUGAUGAACACUGGUGGUGGGACUAUUUAGAUCAGUUGCGAGAGAACACACUUGUCAUUUUAGCCAAUAUUUGUGGCCACCUGAUGUUGGGUAAUUUUUCAGAAGAGGUUUGCUUUCCUCUCCUUGAGGGUCUUCUUCACUGGGUCAUAUGCCCAGCAUCUGUUGCUAGAGAUCCACUGCCAACUCUGACACCCGGAUCUGUGCUUUCACCUCAGAGACUUGUGCUUGAAGCACUUUGUAAAUUGUGUAUACACGAGACUAAUGUUGACUUACUUUUGGCCACACCACCAGUCAAACGUCUGUUGGAGCUCUUCAAUGUGUUAGUUAGAUUACUUGCAGAUCGCAAUCACCAAAUUACCAGAGAGUUCUCCAUUGUUCUCCUCUCUUUGCUAGUCCCAGGAGAAUCCAGUGCAGCUCGUGCAGUCGCACUGCAGCACCCUUGUGUCUCUUUACUUGUUGACUUUCUGGAGACUGCCGAACAAAAUGCACUCGCCAUUGCCAACCAGCAGGGUCUGGAAGUGCUACAAAGCAACCCUGAAGUUAUGGGUACAUCCUUGGACAUGCUUCGUCGAGCAGCAUCUAUCUUGCUCCACAUGGCCCGUGUUCCAGAUAACCGCAAAAUGUUUGUCCAGCAACAGAAUAGACUGCUAAACCUUGUCAUGUCCCAAAUUCUUGACCAAAGUGUAUCAAACACAUUAUCAGAAGUCCUCUUUGAAUGUUCGCAGUUCUCAUGACAUCAUCAGUGUGUUGAAUGAAAGCAGCAGCCAAAAUAUGUACGUAGUUUUGUCUCAUUUUGACACGUCGGCAAUGGGAGACAAGUCUAUUCAUGCGAUGGGGAGAAAUAGUUUGGCAUGAGUCAUUUAGAGAACUUUCCAGCAUCCUUGCUAAAGUACAAAAUACUUUCUCCUUCUCAGCUCAGAUGACUUGGAAGUCUUCCUUUAUGAGCAACUACCAAACUUGCAAACUGAUGAGUGCUGUGUAAAUGGUUAUUAUUCAGUGUGUCUGGGAGUAUACUUCUGUAUAUCCACACCGCUGACAAUCUCAUACAAUGAACAUAUUAAGGUGAACAUCUUGUUCAUAUCUGAAGCUAUGUCAACUUGAGUUUUAUUCAGGUGUCGAUUGGAUUUCAAAUAAAUAUGGACAAAUUGUUUAUAGGUGAUAAACUAUUUAUGUGUGGAAUGAAGUCUUUGGUUUGGGACAGUAAGUGAAUGCUGAUAGUGUAAAUUAUACAAUUAUUAUUAUUAUUUGGAGACAAAAUUGUUAAAAUUACCUUAGGUAUCUAUAUCCCUGAUUGAAAUAGUAAAACAAGGUAUGUUGAAGCUUGAAUCCCUGAUUAGUGUAAUUUGAAGAUUGUUGGUUAAUUUUUUUUAAGCAUUAUUCCACUUCAAUAAUUUAAGUUGCUUUGUGACAUCGCACAGCAAACAACUUUUAAUUAUUUAAACUGGUUGCUUUGAUUUGCUCAAAUUGCACUUGUUAAAUUUUAAAUUGAUUAGCCUAGGAGCCUGGUCUAUAACAAAACUUUGUUAACUAAAUAUUCUAUGUGUUUUUUAUGUCACUUAAUCUAAAAAAUCCAUAACAGUGUGAUUCACUGAUCAAAUGGAAGAUGGUUAAACUUUUUAAUCAAUGUUUUUCUUCUAUUUUUUUCCAUUCAAUUUUUUCAAGAAAGAAAAUCCUGCCUUUAAUAGAACUAGUGUAGCUCAUGUCAUCAUUUAAAAUGCUUGCCAAGUUUUGAAUAAAAAUGAUCUUGAGGCAGUACAUUAUUGCUUCCAAAACUAAUUCCAUAGAUCAAUGCUUUUUUUAAACUGAUGUUUGUCAUUCAAUUAAGAUGCAACUCAGUGUCUAAUUUUUAGGUCAGUUUUGAUGUUUAAUUAAGCUUGAAAUACCCACCGCCAUUUACAUGAUCUUUGAGUAAAUUAUCCAUUGUCUCACAUGAAACAAUAAAAUAGAUGUAAGUUUGGAGUAUGUAUGGAAAGACCUGAUAUUAACAAUUUGUAUAAUGUGUAAUGGAAGAAAUGAAUGAAAGUGAGGUAAGGUUUAAACGUUCAAAUUGGGGAAAGAAUAAUUUUAAGAGGAUCACACAAGUUUUUGUAACCCUGUGGUGUGUCAAGUUUCUGCCAAGCUGUGGGUUGGCUGAUUUGAUUUUUACUAAGGUACCUCAGUAAGGAAGCCCAUCCAUUACUCUACUAGGUCAAUUUGGUGUCAUUUAAAAUAUGUUUUCCCUUUUCUAAGAUGUACUUUUGUUGUAUUGAUUUCAUCCUAUAGGGAAUUCUUCAUCCUCCAACAUGAUUUGUAUUACAAUGUUUCUUUAAAUAUCAAUUUUCAACAAUAUUUUAUCUUUUGUCAUUCGCUUUGAAGUUAACCCAUUUCAAAUGAUUAAAUGAUAUGCUUCUCAGUGUAAAAAGAAAUGAUUUAGAUAUUUGUGUACUAUAUGUGUAAAGUAUAAAUCAAAUAUCAGAUAACACUAUAAACCCUUGUAAUGGGUGAACACAGGUAAGAAUUCUCUUACCAAGAGAUGCUAACUGCCAUGUAAAAAAAACAAAAACAACCCAUCAUAUCAUCGUGUUCUUUCACCCUGUCCAUUAUCCUAAGCAUUUUCCUAAUAAUGCCAUAUUUAAAGUGGAGAUCUUUUAAAUGACUUGAUUUAUUUAACUUAACCAUGAUUUGUAAAAAGAAUAUUGUAAGAAGGCAUAAUGCAAAUGUUUUGUUUUCCAUAUUUUAUUUUUUAAAUUCAAUGUGACUGUCUUGAACUGCAACCCCUUCUCGUCUUAACCUCUGACAGAUUUCUUACUGGGGGAAGUUGGGAAUGUUAGACAAAGUGAGGAAGGGUUGCACUUCAUCACCUAAGUAAAGAUGUAUAAAGGAUUAAAAUUUUGGUUGUUGAUUUAUUCCUCUGCAUUCACUCAUAAUAGUGUUCUGUAAAGCCAAAUUGUUUAUGUUAGGUUUUACUUGUAUUUGUGCAGUGUUUUAGAAGGGAGG